UGAGAUCACCGACGACGCAACAAGGUCAAUAACGAAAAUAUACUGUUGCAUAAACAAGAUUAGCGAUGUUGCGCAACAUCCCCUGCUUUCACACAGUUAAGGACUUAUAAACGUUGUACGCUCAUCCAUUGUGUGUUAUACAACUGUAGAAUUUGAGAGACGAGUUGACUAUAUUACCACAAAUCGUUCUUUAUCUAUAAGAGAUACAGUGUGACCAGCGAUGUAUUUCUUAGUCUUAAUACUGUGUGUCGUGGUGAUCAAUGAUGCCAGCCAGUAUGACCCUCAUCUUUACCCACCGACAGGGCCUUUCUUUGAGGGUUGGUACACCAGACUAACAGAUACAGACAACGACAGAUCAUUUGGUGUCCUCUUUGGUCGUGUACUCCCGAGAAACAGCCAGUCGACAUCAACAUCGACAUCAACAUGGGACUCGAACCCGACUACCUACAUCAGUCUGGUGUGCAGCAAAGGUCAAGGGUCACCCAUGGUCGUCGUCCAGGCUUACCCUGAUGAAGACGACAUCGAGGUUACGGUGCGUGGUGGUCGACCGAUAAACAAAGACCCCUCUCUGCAGGCACCAUCUUACUUCGAGUACGUUGUACGUCCGUAUGGAUUCUACAACGUAACUCCUAACUCGACUGUUUUUAGUUUCACCAUUGAUGGGGUGACGUUUGCAGGAAACUUUACCAGACCUCUACUGUGGGAUUCGACUGGGCAAGGUCCAGAAGGCUGGCUUACUGACCUGCCGAUGUUACCCAUCCAUUGGUUCGUCUACAGCCUUGGGACCCCAGGAAGCUAUACAUGGAACCAAUCAGGACGAGUCAUAUCAGGCAAGGCUCAUGCUCAUCAGGAGAAGAACUGGGGACAGGGAUUCCCGGCAGGUUGGAUGUGGACCCAAGCAUACAAUCGUACCGCAAACGCAACAUUCGCGGGAACCUUUGGAGUCGUGUCCUUUAAUCCGGUUAUCAGAGGCCCUGCCCAUCUCUUCGGCUACAGAAAUUUUGCGCGAAAUCUUCGUCUUGAUUUCAGGCCAGACAACUCGUUUACUACUCAGGACCGGCGUCCUUGUGAGGGUAAGGCUACAGUGAACAUCUACAGUCUACUUCACACCGUGGAGUUAACAAUGAGUGCUCCGGUAGAGACCUUUCAGAAGUGUCUACGUGGUCCAGUGGAAUCAGGCUUCCAGUACAACUUGGUAGAGACGUAUGUGGCCACCAUACGGGUAGUUAUCAAGAAACUUGGAUUUAGGGGUUUUAGUGUAAUUGAAGAUCAGAUAUUCUAUGGAGCGGCGUAUGAGUUCGGUAGAGAGUACCUUUGUCCUCAGAAUCCGUGCACUGAUUGAUUUCUUUAGCAGUCGUGUGA